GGCGGCAGCGCGCUGACGCAGCCCUAGUUUGAGAGGGAAAAUGUAUCGCACGCGCUCCAAGUCUAACACCGGAAUCGCUUUUAAUUCUUUCCUUUUCACUGUGCCACUGGAAUAUACUCAACUGAAAAGACAUUAUAGUAAAAACUGGUCGAGUAUUGGUUGAUUUUAGGCACGGAACUACUAAUUUAAGCAAAAUGCCAAGGACCAAGAAAAGGAGCGGCAGAGGGGGACAACAGGGGAAUGUCCAGCCGUUCAGUGAUGAAGAUGCAUCUAUUGAAACCCUCAGUCACUGCAGCAGCCUCAGUGAAAGAACCAGUGCAGCAGAGGAAGCUGGUGAAACUGAAGAAAUGGCUCAGGAGGACUUCCAGUACAAACUGAAGGUGUACAUCGACAGCACGGUGGAUAAGAGUGCCAAGACCAGACAAGGUGCCCUUGAUGGACUAAAGACUGCAAUGGCAACCAAAAUCCUCUACGAAUUCAUUUCUGAGAGAAGGAUGACCAUCACUGACAGCAUUGAACGCUGCUUGAAGAAAGGUAAAGGAGUGGAGCAGUGUGCUGCAGCCUCGCUGGCGUGUCUCCUGUGCAUCCAGCUGGGGUCUGGGAUUGAGAGCGAAGAGGUUUUUAAGACUCUUAAACCCGUAUUUAAGACCAUCCUCAACGAUGGAGCAGCUAAUAUUCAAGCCAGACAAGCUUGUGCUACAAGUCUAGGCCUCUGCACUCUUGUAGCAGAAGAUGAUAUCAUGGAUGUGUAUGCCACCAUGGAGUGUUUUGAGAGCCUCUUCACUCGUUCGUAUGUCAGGGAAGAUGGAAGCAGACCUUCUGUGAAUCCUCAAACCACGCAGCUCCACACAAACGCUCUCCUGUCCUGGGCCCUGCUGCUUACCAUCUGCACAGGCAGCCAUAUCAGAGUCAUUGCACAAAAACAUCUCGCUAAACUUCCACGUCUGCUGGAGAAUGACAACGUCAACAUGAGGAUUGCUGCUGGGGAGACCAUCGCCCUUCUGUUUGAGCUCAUCAGAGAUGUUGACCCUGAGUUUGAUUAUGAUGGCUGGGAGCCGUUGUGUGAGCAGCUGAACGCUUUAGCCACUGACUGCAACAAACACAGAGCCAAGACUGAUAAGAGGAAGCAAAGAUCCGUCUUCAGAGAUGUCCUUAAGGCCGUAGAGGAAGGGGAUUUUCAGAGCGAGACAAUCCGCUUCGCCACAGAGCGAAUGGUCAUUGACAGCUGGGUGAAGAAGAGGACUUAUGACGCCUUCAGAGAGUUUGUUGGCUCUGGGAUGAACUACCAUCUACAGUCAAACGAGUUUAUAAGGGACGUGUUUGAGCUGGGACCACCCAUGUUGAUCGAUUCUGCUGCUCUGAAAGCCAUGAAGAGCUCCAGACUGGAGAGGCACCUCUACAAUGCAGCUGCGUUUAAAGCUCGUACCAAGGCCAGGAGCAAGUUUCGGGACAAAAGAGUGGAUGUUGGGGAGUUUUAAAUUUUUGUAAAGCUCAUUAUUUGUUUUUUCAUCUUGCAUUUAACUCUUAUGAUUCUUUGCAUUCCUAACAUGGUCUCUGUUUAUAUAUACAUCUAUGUUAAAUGUUAAUAUUUGCUAUCUAUAAAUUGACUCAUUUUUCUUUGACUCUAACUUGAGUUUAUAUGUAAAUGGUGUUGGGUUGGUCAGCAUCAGAUAAUGUUUUCUGUUGUUUGUGUAGUUGUAGGUCCUGUAAUGUUAUGAAUUGCACAGUAUUUGAGUGAUGUCACGAUGGGCUGUACUGUAGUGACUAGGUUGUACAUUAAAAAAAAAUGUUGAUGCCUCCUGUUCAAAA